GGUGCCAGGCUCCGGGCUUUUCGGGAGCGCCGCGAAGAGGGGGUCCGCCCGGCGCUGGGGGUGCGCGCCGCAAGCCAGGACUCAGGCGCAGAGCACGCCGGCUCUCGGGCCCCGCGCAGCGCCUCCCCCGGCCGCUGCGCUCCGCGCCCCGGGGCAGGGCUGGCGCUUGAGCCCGCGCGCGGGAGGACCCAGCCCGCGCGUGGCCCGGGGCGGGGACGCUUCGGGAGCAGCUCGGGCAGCGCAGCCAGCGGUGGCCCCGAGGGAGAUCGGGGGCGGGAUUCGAGGGCACGUCGCCAAGCCCGGCAGCUAACAGCCGCCGCUCCCCGGGCACCAUGAAGAACGACUUGCCGGUGUCCUUCGCUGGGCUCAGCGGGCCGGCAGGCUUCCUCAGGAGCAGCGAGCCUCUGUCCUUGUCUCCCGUGCCAGCCCCAGCGACCGCUUUGCUGGAGGAGGCCGCGGAUUUGCUGGUGGUGCACCUGGACUUUGCUGCCGCUCUGGACAGGUGUGAGCGGGGCUGCGAGAGCCUCGCCUCAGACCCUGACGGUGAAAGCUUUGCGGAAGUGAAGAGCUCCCUGUGCAUUGUGGGGAUCCAGGCCCUGGCAGAGAUGAACCGGUGGAGAGAAGUUCUGUCUUGGGUCUUGCAGUAUUACCAGGUCCCUGAACUUCUGCCUCCAAAAAUUCUGGAACUGUGCAUCCUAUUGUACAGCACAGUGAAGGAGCCCCACGUGAUGUUGGAAGUUGACAAUUAUUGGCUGAGAGAUCUAACCAAUCAGAGUCUGCCUUCGUAUGGCACCUUGAUGGAGUUGCAUCUGUUGCAUGUGUUGCUUCCCCUUGGACAAUUUGUGGAGGCAGAGGAUCUGGUACAGGGCUGUGAAGCUUUCAGUAAAGAGCAACAACUUGAGGCCCUGAGCACCAUUAACAAGAGGAGGUGUCAGUGGGUGCAGCAGGAAGAGACACAAUCAGGCCCUGAAGAGCAACCAGCCACAGCAAGGGAGAAGUUGUUAGGCUCUGUGUCCCGAAAGUUGUUGAACAUAUUAACAGUGCUGCGUAGAGCACUGGGAUCCAUGUCAAGCCACUUCUGUUCCAGUCCUUACAAAAAGACACUCUUGGCUGCUCUUAUAGUGUGCCUUGUUGUGGUGAGACUAGACCCAGCUGCUCCCACGUCCCUACCCUUCCUUUACAGGCUGGUCCAGCUCUGCCAUCAGGCAUGGGUGGCUAUAUUUUCUCUGCUCUACAGGCCUCCACUUCAAGACUAAGCGGCUUUAUGAAGUGUUAAAAGUCUUUUGUCUCUGUCGCUGUGCAAGUGGCAGCUUGUCUUGAGGAUUUUAAUCAGGCUCUUCAAGGGCUCCUGAGACCAAUGUACUAAUUAAAAUGACCACAAUGGGUCCCGUGCAGUGACAUCUUCCUCUCUUGCCAGACUAAGAACCUGGCCUAGUGCUGUCUGGAUUUUGAAACUGCCUCCGCUACUUGUCUCCCUGUGCUAUGCAGCCAUGCAGCACAGUACUAACCCUGGAGGAAUGUGCACAUACAGGGUUUUAGCCGUGCUCCUCUAAUCCAUGUCUUAUUUAGAUGCUCCUUAAAGUGGUUGCUUUUGGUGUGGAUCCCAAGUGAGAGUCUGUAGCCAAUGGCAAAGAACAAUGACAGGCAUUUUGAGAGAUUGCACCAUCCUUGCAAAUGUUUUUGAAGUUGUCCAAGAAGUGGGAGUGGAAUUUCAGAGGGUAUGGUUAUGAAAGAUCUGAGCACCAAGUCUACACUGAACACUAGUAGCCAAAAAACUGUCCUGCCUUGGGACCCUUUAAAUGCCCAGUUUCUGCAGCAUGGGAUUUAAGCCAAAUAUGUGGAACACAAUAAAAUAUUGCAGACUGAAAUUGGAGCCCAUUCUGUUCUGAAGGCCAGAGUUUCUCUUGUGACCCUGAUGUGUCUUGGCAUAGUCAUUCUCACUUUGGAUUUAACAAUCGUGGCUAAGCAAGCAUAUCAAGGUGACGGGGUGCAUUAUAAAGAUGGAUCUGUCAGCCCAUUCUGUCCCCUGUCUGGGUGUACUGCAUCCAGCACAAGCAAUUAUAGACCUUUCUGUCUUUCAGAUGAUCAUUAAUAUUAAAUAUUUGACACUGGAUAAGUUAGAAUAGGGGACAGCAGAAAAAUGGAGAUAGCGAGAGACAAGAGGCAACAGAGUUGCUCUUAUUAAUCUUAAUAUGCUCCAUAUUUAUUAGUCUAACCUGCCCAAUUACUUGAAUUGUCAUGUAGUUUCACUGCAUACUUUGUGUCUCUGUAUCUCCCCUUGCUGUGCUUUCUAUUUACCUAUUUAGAUUUAGUAUACAAAUAGACUCCUGGCCACAUGCCUAGACAUCCCAACAAGUAUUUAGAAUCAUAAUCCACAAAGAGUAAUCAUCCAGCAGCAAAACUGCACUCUUUCACACCAAGAGUAAAUUAACAGGCCUCAAAAUACAUUUCCUCCAAAACCCUCCACCCCAGCACAUAGUGUUCUGAUGGUCAAUAGAUCAAAGCUACUUCAGACCAGUGGUUGGGGGAGCGACUUCCAGAGUCAAAGGGCCCUCCUGGAGAACACUGCCAGCAGUGCCUGCCCCCAUACCAAGUUGGCUUCACAGCUCAAGUGCCUCCGCUGAUUGUAGCUUUAGCAGUAUAAAACAGGGAGAGAAGUGAUUAUUCAGGUAGAUAAAUCCAAAACCACACCCUGAACUCCCCACCUCCCUGAUAACCAAGAGGCAUCCAGUGCAGAUCCUUGUGCAACGUCCUAAAUCAUCCCCCCACAGCCUUCUGCCUUUGCAGUAACCAUACAGUGCGGUGGGGGCUAUUUCUAGUCCUUCAAAAAUGGCAGCAGCACACAGGUGUCACAACAGCUGGCUGCAUGCACUACAAUGGUUUGUUAGCGGUUCCUCCUCGUUUAAAAGAGUCCGAGGUUCCAUCUUCACUGCAAAAUAACACACCUGUUUUUCUGUGGCAUAACUAACAUGAAUUAUCCUGCUGUGAAAUCCUAGUGGAGACAAGGCUCUGUCGUUUUACUGAGAGGUAAACCAGGCAAGAUCAACGAUGCAGUGGGCGGUGGUAAUAUUAUUAACUUUGUCUACCUCUCGCUUAGAAGAAAGUACAGGAAGCUUGUCUCCACUAGGAUAUUACAGCGAGGUAACUAUUGUCCAUUUAUCUUGCUGUGAAAAACACGUGUAGGCAGUUAAGACAAAACCUUGAAGACCUUACACAUAUAAGGCAGAGCUCUUUGGAGCUUCAUGUUAUUAUUUACGUGCAUGUGUAAUGCACUUAUGGCCAUCAUAUCUCCAUGAGUUCAGUCACUGGAUUCAUCAUUUCAAAAACUUUCAGCAUAAAAUAAUCAUAUCAAGACUGUAAGGAGAAAGGCUCUGGGCUUGUUCUUAUGUUCUUGUCUACAUGGUGUGGCAACGGGCCCUAUGGGGGUGUGAUUUCUAAAAUGCACUCAUUUGCACAUUAAUUGGUCCAUGUGUUCCCUCCUGGUAUGCACUAAAAGUUCCCUACUGUGCUUUAACAUAGUUCUGUUUCAAAUAGUACUAUGUUAAAGUGUACCAAGGAACUCCUGGUGCGCACCAGCAUGGUCUACAUGCUCUGAUAAGUGUGCAAACGAAGUGAACUUUAGAAAUCACACCCCUGUAGAGUGCACUGCCGCACAACUUAGACAAACCCUCUCUGUAACUCUUCUAAGAAUGACUAGUUUGUACUUCCCAGUCUCCUAUAUUGCAGGAUCUACCUAUGUACAUAGCUUUGUGACCUAGUCACUGUAGUAUCUGAGUGAGUCAAAUGCGCUUACUGAUCAUAUGUAGUCUGUCUUCUGCUAACUAGGAGGUAGUUAACAUUUCCUCUGGCUCAUUGUUUCAAAUUUCUGUUUGUAGCCAUGCUUGUGAUAUUAGGAUUAUGGUCUGGGAGGAGCAUGCAUGGUGAUCUUGAUUUCUGCUUAGAGGUUGCUUGAUAAUGUCUUAACUGUUCAUUUCCAUGGAUCUUUUUAAUAUGUGUGAGUGAUGCAUAGAUUAGCCACCUCAAAUUUCUCCUAGUACUUUGUUUUUUAAUUAGAAUGUUUUUCAUUGUGUUUAGCACAUAAUGAGACAAAGGAUGGUGGAAACAGAAAAAUAACACUUAUGCAGUUUUAAUGGUUUUAUUAAUUUAAUUUUAAAUACUUAAUUUUCAGAAUAAAAAUUACUAUUUAUGUA